AUGAGUAGUUUAACGUUUUGUUCCUUGUCUUCCACUGUGAAUGGCAACCUACUAAAGCCGGUCCAUCGGAGAAAAUGCAUAUAUUCUUAUAAUAAAGUGUCUGUUCUCAAACUAGUUGCUGCACGCCAACUGCUUGAUAAAAUUGCUAAAAGAACAAGGGGUUCAGUUGCAGAUUUGUAUGUUACUGAAUGUGUAGAUAGAGCUGAUAUGGUUAUGGAAAGCAAUGGGAAUUCCGAUGUAACUGAUGAGUUAUUAGGAGAGUCUAUGUUUGAUUGUGCUAGCAAUUACAUGGAUGAGGAAUAUGUAAUUGAUCAGUUGAGGUAUUGUAGUAGUGAAGGAAGUUUUGAGCUUGGAAAAUUAUAUCAUGCUUUAAUGAUUAAGACGGGUAUUUGGUUCGAUAAGUUUGUAGCUACGGCCCUUCUUAAUAUGUAUGCCAAGUGUGGUGAAAUGGCAAGUGCUGAGAUGAUAUUUGGUACGUUGUCUUACGUUGAUGUUGCUUCAUGUAAUAGCAUGAUUUGUGGGUAUGUAAGCAAUGGAAUGGAAUCUGAAGCCUUUGCUUACUUUGUCAAGAUGGGUGAUAUUCUAGAUAUCGUGUCAAACCAUUAUACGUACUCGAUAUUGUUAUCUGCUUGUCGGUCUGUUCAAGUAGGAAAACAGUUGCAUGCUCAAAUUGUAAAAUUGGACUUUAUGUCCCUUACAGUGGUGGGGAAUUCAGCUUUGACGAUGUACAUCAACUUCGGAAUGAUUGAGGAGGCUGUGAAUUUGUUCGAAGGACUUGCUAAUAAGAACCAUAUAUCUUGGACUGCAUAUAUAUCUGGACUUUACCGUCAAAAGGCUUUCUAUAAGGCAUUGACACAAUUCUGUUUGAUGAGAAAGAACAAUACUGAACCUAAUGAAUACACCUACUCUGUGGCCCUUUCAUGUGCAGCUUCUGCAGAAUAUCAUGAUUAUGGUUGCGCACUUCAUGCUCAGGUAAUUAAAAAUGGAAUGAUCUCAAAGGUAUUUGUCGGGACUGCCAUAAUAGAGAUGUACUCAAAAUGUGCAGAACUGGGUAAUGCUAGAAAACAGCUCAAGGAGAUGGGACGCGUAGCAUCUUGUGCAUCAUGGAAUGCAGUGAUAACCGGCCUUGUUCACAAUGGUGAGGUUGGUUCCGGAUUGGAGAUGUUCCGUAAGAUGCUAAAUAAUGAUAUUGCUUGUGAUGAAUAUACAUGUUCAGUUACUCUGAAGGCGUGCUCGUUACUGCCAUCCCUUGAAAUCUGCAGGCAGGUGCAUUCUUGGGUAGUUAAGGGAAUGUUUGGGGCAAACUUGCAUGUGGCGAGUUCAUUAAUAGAAACAUAUGCACAAUGCGGUAAUUUAGAGGAUGCUGAGAAGGUUUUCUAUCUAACAUCUGAACCAGAUGGUGUGACAUUUAAUGCAAUGAUUAAAGCUUAUUCACAGUAUGGUAAUCCAAUGAACGCUAUAUUCUUGUUUGAAAAGAUGGUCGAGAAUGGAAUAUUACCAACGAGUUUAACUUUCCUUGCUGUCAUUUCUGCUUGUAGCCAUUGUGGUUUAGUUCAACAAGGGAAAGAGUUGUUCGAGUCUAUGACUAGAGAUUACGGAAUAUCACCUGAAGAGAAUCACUAUAGCUGCAUGGUUGACCUGCUGAGUAGAUCAGGGCAGUUAGAGAAUGCUCUCGAAUUCAUAAACAAGCUUCCAAUUGAACCUAAGGCUCCAAUCUGGAGACCAUUUCUAGCAGGUUGCAGAUUUCACAGUUCCCUUGAAAUGGCAGAGAUGGCAUCCAGUAAAAUAUUAGAGCAUGACCCUGGUGAUGCAUCAGUUUAUGUCACCCUCUCGAACAUGUAUGUUGAAGCAGGCAAGGUAAGGGAUGCACUCAAACAAAGAGAGCUGAUGAAGUCUAAGUCGGUCCAGAAGGAACCCGGUUGUAGCUGGUUGGAGGUGAAUGCAAAGAUUCAUAGAUUCUUUUCUGGUGAUACAAGACAUAUAGAUACGCCAAAACUAUAUUCGAGAUUGGAUAAUCUGAUGCAAAAGAUUCAGAACAAAACAAGUCGAGAACUAGGUAAGGUUACGAAAGAGAAAUGCUUAUUUCACAGUGAACAGUUAGCAGUUUGCUUUGGACUAUUGAACUUACCUAAGGGAACCACUAUACGCGUAUUCAAGAACAUUAGGAUCUGUUUGGACUGCCAUAUCACAAUGAAGCAUAUCUCGAAGAUUACAAAUCGACAAAUCAUAAUAAGAGAUAACUACAGAUUUCAUCAUUUUAAGCAGGGCUGCUGUUCUUGUGGGGAUUUCUGGUGA